CUAGCCUUGGUUGUGGUUGGUGGUGGUGGUGGUCAGUUGUGGAACACGCGCGCGCACACACACACGGGUGCCAGGCUAGGUUGACCGGGACGCCUGCGAACGACGCUGGCGACGUCAUUGCUCAUGCAGCCCGCGCUUCCACUGCGGGAAGGCGCCGUCAGGGCUCUGUGAGGAGGAGGAGAAGUAGAAGCAGGAGGAGUAAGGAUGGGGAGUCAGUGGGCAGGCUAUGCUUGUCUGUAGCCCCCCCCUCCCCACCCCCAGCGUGCUAUUGUCGUGACCCCCUCGCUCGCUUUUCUCGAAGCCAUUGGUGCUGUCGCCAAGGGCGUAGGAGUAGUGGCAGGGGGUCCCCCCACCCCGGGCUCGCUCAGCCACCGCAGGUCGGGGUCCGGGCCCCCUUGAGCCGACUCGGGGCUGGUUGACCGGCGAGACGUGGGAGGAGUGCGUCUCUUGGUCGGGUUACUGCAGCAUGAGCGGUGACUUCAUCACCACCAGAAGCAGCAGCAGCAGCAGCUACACAAUCAACACAUCGUCGUCAUCGACAGCAGCUACAGCAAGGGAUUGCAGCAGCAGCAGGUAACACGGCGUCAUCAUCGGUAGCAGCAACAGCAGGGACUACAACAGGAACAGCAGCUGUAGAAGCAGCAAAAACAGGCAAAACGGCUUCUGCUGCAGCAACCAGCAGCAGCACACGCGACCGCUACAUCAGUGACGGAUGUAGCAGGCGCAUCACAUAAAACCAGCCGUAGCUACAUCUUCAUCAUCAUUUGCAGCAGCUAAACAACAUCAUCAUCAGCAGCAGCAGCUAUAGCAGCAGCUACAGCAUCAUCAGUGGAGCGGAGCGUGCUGCUUGCAUCUUCGUGCCGCAGCGCCGACUCGCUCAUCACGAGUGUCUCCCUCGCCACUGACGGCGUCCGUGUAAGGUCCCGUGGGGUCGAGCGCGAGUCUCCACACGCACGCGGAGCGGGUAUGAUCGCGGCCCCGGCUCCACUUGAGGGCAGCUCCUCCUCCACCCGGGGAUGUAGCCGCCGCGCGACCGUCGAGAUCACUGCGGACACCAUCACACCAUCGCCGCCGCCCCUCGCGCAACCGCUCCAGAGCCUGAAGCGACGGCGCUGAAGCCGAGGAGCCGAUCGGCCCUCCACCAACCGACCCAAUCCCUGACCUUCUGAGGUCGCCCACCAGCCGUGGCUCGAACCAAAGUCACACCUCGUUCGCCUCCUCCUCCUCCUCGCUCUCCGCCCCGUCGUCCCUCUCGGGCGGAGGCCAUGGCGCACCUCCAGGCGGGCCUGAGGCCCGAGACGCUGGAGAAGGCGCGACUGGAGCUCAACGAGACCCCCGAGAGCGUCCACCAGGCCAUCCAGGAGGUGCGCGACCUCAUCAUCACGAGGCCCGACGUGGGCUUCCUGCGCACGGACGACGCGUUCAUCCUGCGCUUUCUGCGGGCGCGCAAGUCGCAGCCGGCGGCCGCGUUCCGCCUGCUCGCGCAGUACUUCGAGUUCCGGCAGCAGAACUUGGAGAUGUUCAAGAACUUCAAGGCGACGGACCACGGCAUCAAGCAGGCGCUCCGCGACGGCUUCCCCGGCGUUCUCACCGAGCCCGAUCACUACGGCCGCAAGGUCCUGGUGCUGUUCGCGGCCAACUGGGACCAGAGCAGGUACACGUUCGUGGACAUCCUGCGCGCCAUCCUGCUGUCCCUGGAGACGAUGAUCGAGGACGCAGAGUGCCAGGUCAACGGCUUCGUGCUCAUCAUCGACUGGAGCAACUUCUCCUUCAAGCAGGCCUCCAAGCUGAGCCCCAGCAUGCUGCGGCUGGCCAUCGAGGGCCUGCAGGACAGCUUCCCCGCGCGGUUCGGCGGCGUGCACUUUGUGAACCAGCCGUGGUACAUCCACGCCCUCUACACCAUGAUCCGCCCGUUCCUCAAGGACAAGACAAGGAAGCGGAUAUUCCUCCACGGCAACAACCUGACGAGCCUGCACCAGCUGCUGCACCCCGAGAUGCUGCCCUCGGAGUUCGGGGGGCUGCUGCCCCCCUACGACAUGGGCACGUGGGCGCGCACACUGCUGGGCCCCGACUACGACGACGACACGGAGGGGCGGCACGGCGGCGGGGGUGGCGGCUUCUUCGACGGGAGGCGCGCUUCCGAGAGGAUGGGGGGCCCCGUGACGGGGGCGCUGGGAGACGGGGAGGGGGGCCUCGACGGGUCCCCCCGCAACAACAUCCGCAGAUCGCAGUCGGCCGUGGAGCCGGGCGUGCUGAAGCGCAGCGCCGACGGCGAGGAGGAGAACAUGCAGCCGCUGCUGUCGCUCGACUAGACGUGGCGCCACGCCGCAGCAUUGCCGCCGCCGCCGCCAGCGCGCAGCGGGUGCUUCAGCGUCUCCGAACUCGCGGGGCCUCGCGCCGAGACUUGCGGCACUGCCACCCCACGGCACGCCGCGUGACGCGUCCGUGCCACGCCGCUCCACAUCCCGCCAGAACCGCACCCUCGCCACGCUGCUACGCUGGAUCACAGGCGGGGGGGGGCUUCAUUUCUCACCGAAUAUUUGUGUUACCGGGUCGCCGGUUGCCCGGAAUAGGCGGCGCCGUGACUCACAGCAGCCGCGGCCGUAGGAAGAUGGGUUACGCCGGGCAAGGGAGCCGUCACCCACCGGAGGCAGCUCCGACACCGCGGGGCAACGUGGCGGCGCCAUGGCAACCACUCGGAGCACGGCCCCAGCUCAGACUCCGUUUUCGAUCGCGAUCAGGAAUUCUCCUCAGGUUUGCCGGGUCUGUCCGCCGCGUCCGUCCGUCCGUUCGUCCACCGCAAAUGCGUCCAGAACAUUGUCUGUGUAAACAAUCUAUUUGAGUGCACGGCCGUUGGGAGUUACUGUCAGCAAGUUUUUUUUUUUAAAGAUAAAUUCACAUUGGCUUCGGUUUUGGGGAUUUGCCGUGCUUACGAGUGACGUUGGCGAGGUUUUGUGCUGUUCUGCCGGUCAAACCGAUUACGGAAGAAAUGUUUACUCCGUGGUGUUACGAACAGCAAACAUGAUCUGGCCCAGGGACUCCGCGGGAGGCGUAACGGUGCAUCUAUUCGACAAUUGAUAUCCUUAGCUCACGAUAUCAUCAAUAGAAAGCGAUUCUCAUUUGCAUCGCGAUUGAGCUAUCACACUCAUGUAAUGAGAUGAAGUAUCCAUUCAGAUUUCUCGUUGGGCAGUGCAAGAGAAAAGCCCACGGAAGCGAACAUCAGAGCUUCCACUCUGAAUAUGAGAGUAAUUUUCUUUGCAUAACAGCCAAAGCAAUUGUUUUAGUGUUCAGUGUUUGAAUGUAGCCAAAUUCAAUGUAGAUUCAAAUGAAAAGUUUUGCGCGGUCAUUGGUGACCGAGCUGAGAAUAUCAACUCACUAAUCUGAGAAUCCGCUUUUAUCACGGGUGGCUGAAACCUCGAUUCGAACCCAGGUCCUCGGCAGUGCGGGGCUCAGCUCUCCGACCUCUGAAGCCAGUCAGCCACCUCGAUUUACAAUAAUUCUUACGCUCACGACAUGUGGACGGCAUCGCACGAGAGUUGACUAUUUUCCAAUUGGUACACGUGGUAUGUAAUGGGUUCACGUGACCUCUGCAGUUAAUAAGCGUCCGCCACAACCACCGCAAUAUAUAAAAAAGAUGACCUCAUGGUGACGCGCCAUGGAAUCGGCAUUUAGAGAGUGAAUCGUUACGCCUCUCAUUUCCAGGGAGAUCGUCGCAAUGUACUCGAUGUGACCACGUCAACACAAGUGUUGCCAGAAGACGUAGGCCCGGUCACUCUGACUCCGCUAUUCCGGUUCAAAUUGACCAACACAUUCAGGUUGUAGACAGUGGCGGUCAGUGUCGUCUCAAACACCAGGUGAUCCUGUAGAGGUGCAACCCUGCAAUUGCUUGCUCACAUCACUGCUGGUGGAUGGGUCUCCACUCGAGGGAGCUCUGUAGUCGCCCUCGUUCGAGAUCACAUAUCUUACGCUGCACAUCAAUUCAGUGUCACGGACGCUAUUAAUUUCAUUUAAAAAGAAAUUUUUUAUGCGUCUUAAAAAGUGCGACGGUGACUCGGGACGCCCGGCACGCGCUCCGAGUUUUUCUUCUUUCGCCACGCUACUGUACUUCACGAGCCACUAAGCCAGAGAACGUCCUUGAAAACAAAUGUUUAGAUGUUAAUUUUUGUCAAUCGCACGAGGGAGGGCAAAACGAACCGCUUGUUACGCGAUGGCCGCAUGCAAUCUCUUCCGUCAGCACGGCCAAUUAACCAAUUAAUUUAUUAUCAGAAUUGAGCGCGGGGGGGGGGCAUAAUUCAGCAUGGGGAGAUUCAGCGUCGAUGGGAUGAGGUCGAGCAGACCGAACAGGUCAACGGCCCCAAGGCCCUGCAUUGACUCACAGCGAGCGGGCGAGCGUUCACGUCUGAACGAAUGGUGCCAAAAAAAACGCCACCAAAAUCAGUUUCUGCUUUUGACCGUAAGUUCCCUGACUUUUGACAACCGCCAGGUCACCUAAAAGCAGAGCUGCCCAGAGUGGUGAAGGGGGAAAAAAAGGGAGGAGGGGGUGGAGGGGGGGCAAUUUGCCCCCAGGCCUCGCACAAAAAGAGGCCCCCACAGCGGGCCUGCUUUAGUCGCUCAUGAACAAUGAGGCCCCACGUGGCAUUAUUCUGCCCCCGGGCCUCCAACCCCAGGCUCCAACCCCGGGCGGCCCUGCCUAAAAGAGCAAAGUUUACAGAGAGAAUUAAGCGUCGCUUUUCAGCAGACUCCCGUUGCGUACAGAUAUAUAUUUAAAAUAAGAAAAACAGUAUUCAUUUAUAAUGCAGGAAUAACACAAAUGUACAAUGCGUGCAUGCCUCACAGCAGUAUUUCCGUUCACCUUGUUUUCAAAGCAUUGCUUGGCAAAUUCUGUACCUACGGCAAUUUUGUAAAUACGCCCUAAGAGAUGCAGAUCACACACAAGUGUUAGUCUUAUUUUUUUAACAAUCUCAUGCACCAUAAUGCCAUAUAUAUUAUCAUCAUCUUCAGAGAUUAAUUAUUAGUAUAUGCACCAACUCACAAGCAACACGUCCUAUAUAUAUAAAUAUAUUUAAGUAUGACCAGGGCUUCAUUUUAACUUUUUUCCAGGUUGCUGGUAGACUGAAAUAGUCACGUGACCCGUAGUCACAGCAACAGCGAGAGGUACACUGGAUGUGGUGUGCCGGAUACUGACAUAUUUUCUAGGGUCGCCGAUCUGGACAAACCCGUCUGAAACUAAGCCCCGAGUAUCAACGUUGGCCCAACAGUUCCUACCGCGAUCCAACGUUGGCUGAACAGUUACAACCGCAAUGCCAACUUAACUCAACUUUGGCCCAACGGUUCCAAACCACAAUUCAACGUUGGCCCAACGUUCGCUACGUUUAUUGCGUCGACACUUUCAGAUCAAGGAAAGUAAUUUAUCAUGUAUUUUGGCAGGUAGGCGGAAGGAUAACGAAUUAGUCCUGGGAUAGCCAAUCGGUCUGAGGGCGCGGAGGGAACACAGCGUAACACUUUAGCACUCAACGGGUACCAUUGCACGCAGGCGCUACUGAGCCCGUACGUCCCGACCGCCGGGCUGGUGAUUGAUGGUGCCGUCUCAGCCUACGAAUGGGAAUUCCCACGCAGCCUCGCGAGCCGCUCGUAAAUUUGAAUAAAGAAUCAGCUCUGACCGAGAGGUGGUGGGGAGAGAGGGCGGUGUUCGAGCACCGGACGCCCGGAUAUACGUCCAAACGACGUUGUGAAAUACAAGAGACGGGAAUUCUUUCCCGGCACGCGAGUGCACAGGCACACGCAUGCAGCCACACACACGUCCAAGCGCACAAAGACGAAGAUCCUCUAGAAAGCCUUUACAGACUAUUGGGGCAAGUGCCGUUCGCGAGCACCUAUGAAGGCCAGGAUGGCACACGAGAGGCUGGGUGGCCAGCACCACACGUGUGUCCUCAAUGGCGAUGUUUACACAUUAUACCAGGUAUUAAUUUGAUGCUAAGUCGACCUAGGGGAGACCCAGAACCGGUUCAGACAAGCGUCACUGGUGUUGGCCGUGAGACAAAAAUCAAACUGGGGUCGCCGGGUUCGUAGCGCGGCGCGCUAACCACUACACGACAAAUACACACAUGCAAGCAUAUGCACUUACAAAUGCACACAUAAAUGCACAGACGUUACGUACACAUAGAGACGCAUCAAGCUCCUUCCGGGUGAAUUCUAAAUUCUGGAGAUGCUGUGCCACCAGCGUCGUCCGCAAUUGCUUGGAAAUUCAGGGCGAAUCAAAUUCUCGAACCCCGGCUCCAGGCGCUGGAUGUGAAAAUACCAAAUUGAGUUCCUGCCAGAGAGAGCUCAAAGGAACACCGAGUGAUUGCCGUGACGUAGAUCCCCCCCCCCCCCCCCCCCCCCCCGUGUGUUGUAGCUAGAUGCAGACCUACAUCGAUACACUUCUCAGUGAGCGGGGGGGCAAAAUAUUUUAUCUGGUGAAUAUCAACAAAAUAUCAAUAAUUGGGGUCUCUAGGGGAGAUGGGGGGGGGGAAGUUGUCAUUGCCCCCAUCUCCCCCCUCCACCACCGAUCUGCCAGUGUUUGUAGCAGCAGUCAAGAUAGCAGACACCGCGAUCAAAACCAUCUCAGAGAUCCACAUAUUCCCAACCAACGCUGUAGAGAGGCAGGUGCCGAAACACCCCAAGCAGCGUAGCAAAAUAAAACGUGCGCCGCCAUGCGGUGCAGUCUGUUCCCCAGGAACGCCGCGUGUUUUUGGAUGAAUGUAUUCGAAAACGCGUUUUUUUUUUAUAACGCCGAUGCCAAUUGGAUAUAACGCGAUCGAGAGAACGGGACUGCGUCGCGCGAGUAGGAAUUAUCGGUCGUACGCCUGCCUCUGCGUAGCAACAUCGCACGAGGCACUGGGAUGCUGCUGGAUGCUUCCAGAUGCUCCCCACGCGCCUCGGUCUUUGUCCAGCCUGCGCACGCGUCUCACGCGUUAUCGCGGACUGGUGCUUGACCCCCAUGUUCAGUAUUAUUUAUUAGAACGCGAUUUUCCAUAACGCGGUGUUCUUCGGGAACGCAACAACGACCGCGUUUUAGGAGAACGGACUACAGAGGCAUCGCCAACUGCUGUACCGCGUGACACGAGCGCAGAUUCUGACGUCCACCAGCAGGGCACACGGGGUCACUCGCGGCAAGAGCUAUCCGACAUCUCAGUUGUGUUUCGAUUUAAAGCUUUCUUGACUGCAGGGAUUCAUCUUCUUGGUUCUUUCGGUAAAGUCACGUAGAAG